GCGGGGCUGGGCGGGGAGAGCGUCCUGGUGUGUGGGUGGUGGCUACACAGUGACAGUGGAGAUUGUGAGGGGGGGAGAAGUUUUGAAACAGCGUGUAAGAUACACAAACAUUACCGGGAGGCAAAUGUUUGUGGAUGCACUGAAAGAAAAACGCCAAGUGGUUCUCAAAGUGGGGUCAAGGGACCCCCUAUAACCCCCUCAAAGACCCUAGGGGGUCCCCAGCAAAAAGGGGUGGAAAAUGACCACAAACCUCCAGGCAAAUCCUGCUAAACUCAGGCUCUGGCAGGUCCAUGGGGAAGAUGUAUGGGCAGCGACUGUGGCCCAGGUGGCAGCCAAAGCCGAGCAGUCUGGUGUGCCCAUGUGGAAGGCUGGACGACACUUCACACCAACUGUGACCAGGGCCAGCGUCCCUCCAACCAGAGAAACUGUUUCCGUGUGUGUGAUUGGCACAAAGACCUUUAUGACUGGAAACUGGGUGCCUGGAAUGAGUGCGUGCCAGUGUCAGCAAGGACCUUUGGGGCCCAACGGCCGUUCCCAUGCAGUGGAGGCGAAGAGGGCAUUCAGACCCGGGAGGUGGACUGCACACUCAAGUCAGACGGUAUUCCAGCAGAGGAUGCCAUCUGUGAAUACUUUGAGCCCAAGCCUCGCCUGGAGCAGGCAUGUUUGAUCCCUUGCCCCCAGGAUUGUGUGGUUUCUGAGUAUUCUCCAUGGACCUCCUGUUCCAAAACGUGUGGAACAGGCCUCCGGAACAGGGUCCGUAGCGUCCUGGUUCCUCCACUUUUUGGAGGCGCUGUCUGCCCCAACCUAACUGAGUUCCAGUCUUGUAAACCUGGGCCUUGCACAGGUCCAGAGGGCAUGUACAGUCUCAGAAUCGGUCCCUGGAGCCCUUGUGCCCUCCCACAGACUCGGCCAGCACGCCAAGCCAAACGCAGGAAAGGUAAAGGUCAGGGCCUCAGAGAGAGAGCAGGAGUCAAAGACCCCGAGACCAGGGAGCUUAUCCAGAAGAAACGGACCAGGAACCGCCUUAACCGGCAAGAGAGUCCAUUCUGGGACAUCCAGGUGGGCUACCAGACUCGGGAGGUGACCUGCAUUCAUAGGAAUGGGAGCGCUGCGGGACGCAUCCUGUGCACACAGAGGGACCUGCCGCUGACCGUCCAAUCCUGUGUCCUCCCCAAGGACUGCCAGGUGACCGAUUGGGCCGAAUGGGGCCCCUGCUCCAAAACGUGCGUGGACCCCGAGUCUCCUAGAGGCAAUCGUACUCGGAACAGACAGGUGCUCCAGUUCCCCGUGGGAGAAGGGGCGGAGUGCCCGCCACUGGAGGAGUUGGAGUCUUGUGAACCUCAGGGUGACGGCGUGCCACCCUGCGCCACUUACACCUGGAGAACCACAGAGUGGAGCGACUGCAGAGUUGACUUGUUGCUAAGCCAACAGGACCGUCGGCGUAGCAACCUUACAGGGCUUUGUGGGGGAGGCCUGCAGACCAGAGAAAUUUAUUGUGUCCAGGCCAACGCGGAGCUUCUUAAAUACCUCAACGACCUCAGAGAAAAGGACAAAGCGGGUCAGACCCAAAGACAGCAGAAGCCUAGUGUCCCCCCUCUCCUCUCCAUCACCUUCCAGAUUACAGCCUCCCGCCCGGUGGAAAACAAGCUGUGUGAGGGUCCCGUCCCCAACAGGUCCCAACUGUGCCAAAUCCCCUGCCCCAUUGACUGCGAGGUGUCGCCGUGGGGGGCCUGGGGGCCGUGUACCUUCGAGAACUGUGACGACCAGGCUGGAAAGAAAGGUUUCAAACUGCGGAAACGACAGAUCACCAACGAGCCGACGGGAGGGCCCGGAAACUGCCCUCACCUGGUGGAGGCGGUGCCGUGCGACGAGCCUAGCUGUUACGACUGGCAACUGGUCAGCCUGGAUCAGUGUGUUCCUAAUGAUGAGAAGACGUGCGGGCCCGGCACGCAGCUCGCACAGGUCCGGUGCAUCAACAGCAACGGAGAGGUGGUGGACAGAAACCUGUGCUCGUCUUCCGCGGCUCCAGAGCCCGUGCCCUGUGAGGUGCCUUGCUCCAGGGACUGUGUGCUCAGUGACUGGACACCUUGGUCCACUUGCUCUCAGACCUGCUCUAGUAAAACCAUCGAGGGCAAGCAGAUGAGGACCCGUUCCAUUCUGGCUUACAACGCCGGGGAAGGUGGCGCCCUGUGUCCAAACAGCAGUGCCCUUCAGGAGGUGCGGAACUGUAACGAACACGCCUGUACAGUGUACCACUGGCAGACAGGGCCUUGGGGGCCUUGUACCGAAGACCCCUCUGCCGUAUCCCUCAACACCUCCAUGGGUGUCCGUGCCAGCGGCGACGGCCAAGGUCCCUGCUCCAUGGGACUGCAGACUCGCAAGGUCAUCUGUGUUCGUGUCAAUGUGGGACAGGUGCCACCAAAGAAGUGUCCAGACGGCCCUCGCCCCAGCACAGUACGGCCGUGUCAGCUGCCCUGCAAGAAAGACUGUAUCGUGACCCCUUUCAGCGACUGGACUCCCUGCCCUGUAACUUGUGACGCAGCUGGUAACGCUGUGAAGAAAAAGCAAUCAAGGAAACGUCUUAUCAUCCAGCUGCCGUCCAACGGAGGACAGGACUGUCCAGAGGUGCUGGAGGAAGAGAAGGACUGUGAGGUCCCCAAAAUCUGUCCAGGUUUCAGGUGGAAAACCCACAAAUGGAGGAAGUGCCAGCUGGUCCCGUGGUUUCUCAGACAGGACAGUGCCGGUGCUCAGGAGACCUGUGGACCAGGACUUCAGACAAGAGCUGUGUCCUGUCGCCAGCUGGAUGGGACGCAAGCCGACAUCAGCGAGUGUCUGAAAUUCGCCAAGACCAUGCCUGCCAUCACUCAGCGCUGUCAGCUCCCCUGCCAGGAUGACUGCCAGCUGACCAACUGGUCCAAGUUCUCGUCCUGCACAGCUGACUGUGUGGGGGUCCGAACUAGAAAGAGGGCAUUGAUAGGGAGGAGCAAGAAGAAAGACAAGUGCAAGAACACACAAAUGUACCCUCUGAGUGAGACCCAGUACUGCCCCUGUGACAAGUAUAACGCCCAGCCAGUGGGGAACUGGUCAGACUGCAUCCUGCCUGAGGGAGGCAGAGCGGAGAGCAUACUAGGGAUGAAAGUCCAGGGAGACAUCAAGGAGUGUGGAGAGGGCUACCGCUACCAGGCCAUGGUGUGUUACGACCAAGACAACAGGCUGGUGGAGACUUCGCGCUGCAACAGUCACGGUUAUAUUGAGGAGGCGUGCAUCAUCCCCUGUCCUUCAGACUGUAAACUCAGUGAAUGGUCUAACUGGUCACGUUGUAGCAAGUCCUGCGGCAGCGGAGUCAAAGUUCGCUCCAAAUGGCUCCGAGAGAAACCUUACAACGGUGGCCGGCCUUGUCCCAAACUGGACCACAUCAACCAGGCCCAGGUCUAUGAGGUGGUGCCGUGUCAGAGCGACUGUAAUCAGUAUGUGUGGGUUGCUGAGCCGUGGAGUGUGUGGAAGGUCAGCAACGUCGACUUAAAAGAGAACUGCGGUGAAGGCGUACAGACCAGAAAAGUCAGGUGCAUGCUCAACACCAUAGACGGCCCAUCAGAGUCUGUGGAGGACUACCUAUGUGACCCGGAGGAGAUGCCCCUGGGAGCCAGAGAGAGCCGGCUGCCUUGCCCCGAGGAUUGCGUCCUCAAUGACUGGGGCACCUGGAGCCGCUGCAGCCUGCCCUGUACCAGAACCAACAAUCGACUGAGGAUGGCGUACACCCUUCGCUCACCCAGCGUUGGAAGAGAGUGUCCAGACACAACCGACAAAGAGCCCUGCAGCCUGAACCUCAACUGUUUCAACUACUUCUACAACAUCACAGACUGGAGUACAUGUCAGCUGAGCCCUAACGCUGUAUGUGGGAGUGGUAUCAAGACCCGGAUGCUCGACUGCGUUCGCAGUGAUGGCAAAUCAGUCGACAUAAAAUUCUGUGAAGAGUUGAAUUUGGAGAAGAAAUGGCAGAUGAACAUCUCCUGCGUGGUCGAGUGUCCCGUCAACUGUCAGCUGUCAGAGUGGUCGGCCUGGUCGGAGUGUUCACAGACCUGCGGGCUAGAGGGUAAGAUGUGGCGUCGGAGGUCGGUGGUUCAGGCCUCUCAGGGUGACGGCCGACCCUGCCCUCCUCAGAUGGAGCAGUGGAAGCCCUGUCCCGUCCGACCCUGCUACCGUUGGCAGUACAGCCCCUGGUCCGAGUGUCGGGUGGAGAGUGUGGUGUGUGGACACGGCAUGCGCUACAGAAAUCUUUCCUGCUUCGUGUCGGACGACACCAGCAAUGGCGAGGGCAGCCUGGUGGACGAGGAGCUGUGCAGCAGCCUGGAGUUGGCUGUUGAUGGAGACAAACAGAUCAGACUGAAGGAGGCCUGCACCCUUCCCUGCCCAGGUGAGUGCUACCUGAUGGAGUGGUCAGACUGGAGCUCGUGUGUCAGCAUCUGCGUCAAAGGGGCCGGCGUGGACUUCGGUUCGGUUCAGGCCCGCUCACGAGCCGUGUUAGCUCAGGAGCCUGAAAAUCUGCAGCUCUGUCCUGACCAGGCGUGGGAGUCUCAGCCCUGCACAGGGGGUGAAUGUUACGAAUACAAAUGGUUCAGCAGUCAAAACUCCACUCGUCCGCUUAUCUGGUGUCAACGCUCAGAUGGACUCAAUGUCACCGGAGGUUGUCCUCCUAUGAACCCUCCAGUGGACAACAGGUCCUGUGACCCUCCCUGUCUCAUGCCGAAGUCUUUCUGUAGUGAGGCUGGAGUCUGCAUGUGCGAGGAGGGCUUCACAGAGGUGUUGUCGCCCACUGGGCAACUGGACCAGUGCGCACCCAUCCCAAUUCUGGAGAUCCCUACAGCGGGAGACAAGAAGGGGGAUGUGAAGACCAGUCGUGCCAUUAACCCCACCCUGCCCACCACCAUCCAGCCCGGACGCACCGGGCGGACCUGGUACCUGCAGCCCUACGGACCAGCAAAAAGCCAAAGAGACCUCAGAGACAGAGGCAACAAAACAACCGACUAAAACCUCUGACUCUCGCCUACGACGGGGACACAGACAUGUAGUCCUCCGGGAGACGCUUCACUGAGCACUUCACCUGUCAUAGAGACCCACUUCAUUACGCCAUUACAGUGAGGGACAUGGAUGUUUGCAGCGUGAAUGGACACGUCACAGAGCGGAGAAAUUAUAGAAAAUCCUCUUAGCACAGAGCAGAUUGGGGUUUAACCAUUUCAAGUAGUGCUCCAUUCACUCCCCCCCCCCUUUGUUUGUUUUUGUUUUUUAUACAUUUUCUUUUGCAAGAGCCUUCGUGACCUCCACCUUGUUCAAUGAAAAUGCCUUUUUUUGUCCCCUACACAUCCGCAUUUGUGUAAAGAAAAGACUUGUUUCAGAUAAAGGGAGGCUGGGUACGGAAGACAGACCAAGCUGCUUCUGAACAAGGCAGCACAAGCACCAACUCUUCCUCCGCGCUUUUCUGCUUGUCCCUAAAAAUGCUGAGUAGCUGGAGGCUUAGGAUGCUCUGACGGUUCGUACGUUGCCAAAAGUCACCGCAGGGAAGAGGAGGAGGGAGAAAAUCUCCAUAAAAAGGUUUGGAUUCCUUUUUUCUCAAUCCUCAACUGGGUUUUGACUCAAAUCUCUUUUACAGUCUUGAACAAAAGGGAGGCAUUUCUUCUCUCUCUUUUUUUUUUUUUCUUUUUUCUUUUUUUUGCUUGAUUCAGAGGCACACAGGCCUGUGUUUGUGGGAUAAACCAAUCUGUAUGAUGCUGAUGGAGGAGUAGCCUGCAAUCAGUUGUUCAUGGAACUACUGCCUGCCUGCCUGCCUGCCUCCACCCUUGCUUUGUUUCAGGCACUACAUUGCACUAUAUUAGUGCAGCAUGAUAUGCACAUGUGACUUCUACCUUCUAUUGCCAUAAAACACUGCCUCUUCCACAGACAAAACCGUAAAGCAGAGGAACAAGCUAAGGUCAACACGAGAACACUCGAAAG